AUGGCUGACUUAGAAGUUUUUCUCCAACAUUUAGAUAAAACAAAUGGUAUUGACAGUUUAGAUCUUGCAAAGACACUGACUGUAGAUCAUCAAAAAGUCGUCGGAGCUAUUAAAAGUAUACAGUCUAUUGGAGAAAUAUUGAAAGUUGAGCAGAGACAACACAAGAAAUGGGAGUUGACUGAUGAAGGAAAGGCAGUUGCGGCUAGUGGAAGUCACGAAGCCUUAGUUUUCCAAGCAGUUCCACCUGAUGGAAUAUCUCAGGCAUAUAUAAUGGUUGAAAGUAUUGAUGAUCUGGUGCAGCAGUGUUUGGUUAAGAUUCAGAAACUGGGCUUGGACGAUAUAACAGAUGCACAGAAAAAUGAAUACAAGAAGAAGAAGCUCAUCACAGAAGUAAAGCUCACCAGUUAUUUCAUAUCAAAAGGAGAACACUUCACAACAUCAAUAUCUAAACCGCAUGUUGAUCUGACAGCAGAAAUGAUUUCGAGUGGUUCAUGGAAAGAUCUGAAGUUCAAGGCAUACAAUUUCAAUGCUCUCGGCGUUCCUCCGACUUGCGGACAUCUGCACCCGCUGCUCAAAGUCAGCGAUCAGUACAGACAGGUCUUUUUGGAAAUGGGGUUCACGGAGAUGCCAGCCAAUGAUUUCAUCGAGAGUAGCUUCUGGAAUUUCGAUGCCAUGUUCCAACAACAGCAGCACCCGGCAAGAGACGCUCAUGAUACGUUCUUCCUAUCUGACCCAGCCAGUGCACAUGCAUUCCUAAUGGAUUACUUGGAAAAAGUAAUGUGAUAUACUGUUUCUUUUAUCAUAUCUAGUUACAAUUAUGACUGGAAAAUGGAAGAAGCAGAACAAAAUAUUCUGCGGACCCACACAGCUGCAGUCAGUGCACGGAUGUUGUAUAAACUCACACAGGAGAAAGAGUUCAGGCCAGUGAAGUACUUUUCCAUUGAACGCGUGUUCAGGAACGAAAAUCUUGAUGCUACUCACUUAGCCGAGUUCCACCAGAUAGAAGGACUUGUUGCUGACCGUCUGCUCACGCUUGGAGACCUGAUGGGGGUCAUUAAAGAAUUCUUCAAAAAAUUAGGUAUAUUCAAAUUGCGCUUCAAGCCAGCAUAUAACCCUUACACAGAACCAAGUAUGGAGAUUUUCGGAUACCAUGAAGGUCUUGGCAAAUGGAUGGAACUAGGAAAUAGUGGAGUGUUAUGGCCUGAGAUGUUGUUACCAAUGGGACUGCCAGAAGAUGUGGUUGUAAUUGCAUGGUCACUUGAAAGGCCAACAAUGAUAAAGUAUGGAAUCAACAACAUUCGUGAUUUUAUAGGACCCAAGGUCAACCUACAGAUGGUGUAUGAUAACCCUAUAUGUAGACUGGACAAGUGAAAACAAUACACACAUCAAACUAUAUAUAUUUAUUUACAAUUCCAACAGACAUUUUGACAAAUUCAGCUAUAAUAAAUCUUUAAUUUAAUAUUUAAACAAAAUUAAAAUUCUGUAUCUUAAUUUAGUAUAUUUUUUUAAACUGUCUGACUGGUCAUAUCUUAUCAAUACAGAAACACACAAUUAGGCUAAAGAA